UGGCUUCAUGCGCUUCGCCUGCGGCAGAAAGGAAACCGCAACACGCACAAGGACCUGCUGCGCUUCGCCCAGGUCUUCUCCCAGAUGGUGCACCUGAAGGAGCAGGUUACUGCCUCGGCCGUGGAGCAGGUGUUGAGCUGCAGCGUGUUGGAGAUUCAGCGCAGCAUGACUCGAGUGGAAGCGGCGGCAGAGUCUGAGCUGCCGCAGACCCUGGACAAUUACGAGUCAAAUGUUUUUACCUUCCUGUACCUGACCUGCAUCUCCACCAAAACCAGCUGCAGCGACAACGAGCGCGCCGUAAUCAACAAGCACAUCUACGACCUGAUCCAGCUGGACCCGCGGUCACGAGAGGGCUCCUCGCUGCUGCACCUGGCCAUCAGCUCCACCACGCCGGUGGAUGACUUCCACACCAACGACGUCUGCAGCUUCCCCAACGCCCAGGUCACCAAGCUGCUGCUGGACUGUGGCGCACAGGUCAACGCCAUUGACCAUGAGGGCAACACCCCACUGCAUGUCAUUGUCCAGUACAACCGGCCAAUCAGCGACUUCCUCACUCUUCACGCCAUUAUCAUCAACCUGGUGGAGGCUGGCGCUCACACGGACAUGACCAACAAGCAGAAGAAGACGCCGCUGGACAAGAGCACCACGGGCGUCUCGGAGAUCCUUCUGAAAACACAGAUGAAGAUGAGCCUGAAGUGCCUGGCGGCGCGCGCCGUCCGGCAGCACCAGAUCACGUACCGCAACCAGAUCCCCAAGACGCUGGAGGAGUUUGUGGAGUUCCAUUGAGACGCUUUGUGCUUUUUAAAGAGUUUAUAAUUUUCUAACGAAUCCAAACGGUGCUGAGGACAAUGGUUCAGUGCUAAAAGUUUUUGAGCAUUUUUAUAAAUUAAAAAGUGUGUUUUUCUAUUUUAAGUAUUAAUUGCUAAAUACCAGCAGCCGCAGUUUGUUUUGUCUGCGUCUCUGAAGGAACAGACCUGCAGCGGCGGCGAGCGCAGACGGAGACAGCGUCAUGUUGUUUGUUUUUUGCCUUAUUUCCGUGGCGACACUAUGACUCUGAGCGUGAAGUGUGUCGGAGACACGAUGAGACGUAAUGAAUGAAUGAGCCAAGAGACGACCGACCUCAGCUGCUUCCUGUAUCGUCUGUCACGUGAUUCUUUUAAUAUGAAGAGUUUUGUCACGUGGAUUAAACUGAUCAGGGUUUUAAUUCAUUUUAUUUUAAAGGUUUGUUUGGGAACAUUUAUGGGUGAAAAUAUUUUUCCUCCUUAGUUUGUUUUAAUUAAAUUAUCUAUUUGGCCCAAAGUAUGUGGACGCCCCCCGAGGUUCAAAGAAUGGGAAAAGGUUUUGUGAUAUUUGAAAACACUGGUUUCACGUCUGUCGCAUUUUAAAAUGAAGCAGAGCGAUGUCGUCAUCAGGCUCAGUGCGUCUAACGUGUUGUUAGUCAUGUGACCUGUCAGACAUGUAUGUUUUGGAGCGUGUUGUAGACAUGACGUCUUCACCCAUGUUCUGUUUGAAAAGCAGGCGAAAGCUCCUGUCUUCACAAAUCCAGUAACUUUAAGGUUAAAGGUUUUCAACGUUCUCUUUUAAACCCACAGAAAUGUAUUUGGAAGAAUCGAGUGUUUUUUCUCGGGCUGCGCUCGUGUCCACAUACUUUUGGCCGAAACAGUUACAACGAGCAGUGAUUAUAAACUAUGAAGCAGAUUUUUCCAGAACAUUGUGCCUGUAGAUCAAAGACUGUAAAUAAAGAUGGACGACACUACAUAUCUCCAAUAGGAACGAUCUAGUGGUGAUGACGUCUGACACCUGAAACAUUUAUUCAACCUCUGCUCUGAUGUUUCAGUUUGGUUCAUGUCCCAUCUGCUAACACGGUGGAAGUUUAUGACAUAUGCUGCAGGCAGACACCAGGGGGCGAUGGAGAUGAUUUGGCUUCACUUUUAGGGAGUUGUCAUGUUGUCCAUCUUUAUUUUAGUCUAUGCUGUAGAUCUGUUUCAACUGUGAGGGAUGCUUUUAUUUUUUAAUUUAUCGUUGAGGUCGUAGACGUCACAUGGUUUACAUGUCCCCUGUUCUGCUGGAGCUUUAUCCUCACUUUAGUUUUUAUAGAUUUUAUGUAAAUCAAAUAUGAAGAGUUUUUCUGGGUCCUGGUCCCUUGGGGUCCUGGUCCCUCGGGGUCCUGGUCCCUCGGGGUCCUGGUCCCUCGGGGUCCUGGUCCCUGCUGCCACAGGUCUUGUGCGUCUGCGUGUCUGAAGCCUGAGGUCCAGUGGUGCUUGAUAACAAGUUAAAAUCCCUCUUUGCUUCAGAAUGCUAAAAUAGGAGCUGCUGUUGUUUCUGAGUCUUCGGGUAUAAAGCAUGAGUUUUACUCUCAAUGAAUCUGUGCAGUAUUUUCUCACUUCAUUGUUCGAUCUGUAAAAAGUCAGAAAAGGUAAAAAAUGCUUGAACAUCUGAGUUUGUGUUUUUAAAUAAACAAUCAGAUUCUCCAUCACAA